UGGAGAAAUCACCUCCAGAUAGCCCUGCUGGGUUGUCCGCUUGUGUUCCAACAAUCAGAGGCACUGAUCAUUCAAGUCUGUCAACUUCAGACUUCUCCUGGUGGCAGGCUCAUGCCAACACCGUGUUUCUCCCCACAUUAUCACACUCUGAUUUUCAGCGUGAGCCUGUUUCCUUCCAUAUACCAGAGACCUGUCUCUGGGGAGACUCUAUUACCAAGCACAUGGAGGCAAUGAGCCAUUCUUUCCUUGGCCUUAAUAUCCAGGAACUCUUGGAGAGACAAAUAAAAAAGAAAAUGGCCUUCCAGCAUUUAGAGAAGAAAGAGAAGGAAGAGGCAUCAUUCUCAAAACAAAUGUGGUCUGAGUACCAACAGACAUCUUCAGAGAAUUCACUGCAGUCGCUUGACACACAGGAUAGUACAGCCCUCCAAGCUGGCUGGAAUACUGAAAGCAAAUCAGAGCAGCUGCACAUUUGUCAGCAGCUCCCAUAUGUCAAGACUUUGGGGGAAAAUUUGCCACAGAAAUAUCACCAGCUCUUCUGGGGUCUUCCCUCCUUGCACAGUGAGUCCCUAGUGGCUACUCUCCUGGUUUCUAGUCGUGGUUUCCCACUAGAGCCUCAUUUCAUCUUAUUCAACGGAAUCUAUAAUACUUCUGCAGUCAAAAUGCAGGAUCAAGAAUCUUCGCCACUUCUUCAUUCUCACCCCCGCCCCCUCCCCAGUGUACAUCCGCAACCCUUGCCUCAAACUAUGCCCCAAUCCCAGCCCCUAAUUUUCAGUCAGGUCUGGCCCCAGGUCCACCUUCAAUCCCGACUCCCAAUUCUACCGUCUUCCCCAUCCCAGGUUGGGGACUGUGGAGUGUCUUUCCAUAGAUUCCAGAAUGAGUCAGACUUUCACAUUGCAACUGAAAAUCAAUACCUGGAACGGCAUGUAUUGCAGAAACAGAAGGGAAGUUUCUGCGGUUUAGUUCCUGUGCUCCAAAAAUCUCAAGAAGCCACUUGUCCUCAAGCUCCCAACCUCCCAUUAGUCAGCCGGUCUCCCCACACCUAUGUACCAGUCUCCAUCCUUCCUGGCCAUUUUCAUAUUAUCCCAGGAGAACCCCAGGAAAAAUUGGAGCUCCAUGUUCCAAGGAGACUAAUUCCUCGCUGGUAUCUCCAAGCCUGUAGGAAUCUAGAGUCAACAACAUUGACGGUGCCUCAGUGUAAAUUAACAGAAGUACCUCAGCAGAAAAGCACACAUGUUCACUUACAACUCUCUGAGCUUCAGGGCCAGAGUAGAAACGAUGUAGGGAAAAGUCAGUUAGGUCUCCCAGGAAGUUUUCAUGAGAGGGUUCCAACACAGUUUCAGCUAAGGAAUGACAUGAGGAAGAAUCUUGGGUAUAUUUUAGAGAAGGGCCCAGAAGACAGCCCACAAAGGGUUUCAGGAUGCUACCUAGUACACAAUCUAAGGGCUGCCUUGGAGACAAAAAGUAACUGUGUGUGUCACUCAAGGAAUCACCUGGGGAAUGAAUUAUUAAAUGUCUCAAGGAAGGACACAGACUGGAAUCAAACAAAAACCAUUCUUAGAUUACAUGUGAGCACGAAGUCUUGGCAGAUCACUGCGGGUAGGAUUCCUAUAGGUGUGUGUCGUUCAUGGCUGGCUGAUGACAGUACAUGGCCUCUUUCCGGGAGUUCUCAGACCAAUAUGGAAGACACAAAUUCAAAAAACACAAUGGUAGGUAAGGUCUACAGCCAGAUUAGCACUCUAGAGCUUUCUUUUCUUGAUCCCAAUACCCUAAAAGUACUCGAAGCCCAUAUUUUAAGGUUUCGUGUGAGUCAGAGGUGGGGACUGCCUCUCAAGGUUCUUGAAUCCAUAAAAUUCUAUAUAUUGAGAGAAACCAAAACAUGGCCUCUCCCCCAGUUUGACUUUCCCUCCUCAACCAUCCAUAUUUCUGGGGUGGAUUCCAAAGGUGAGGUUUCCAAGCUCCUUGAAGGAAGCUCUAAAACUUCUCAGGGAAGCAAGGUAAGAACUACAAAUUCAGUCACCAUGCUGGAUCGUCCUCUCCCUGUUAUCUCAUCUGUGGGCAAUGAAGGACAGGGGACUCUGCAACCAUCACACUCUGAUAUCGACCAGAAGCUUGCAGGAAACAUCCAGACAAUUGAGCGUGGCAGACAGACUUUUCAGCUCCUCACACACAGAGACAAAGACAAAGUGAGUCAGAGGGAGACUGUACGAGACAACAGAUGCACUUCAGAGGUGCCCAUAAGGCAAGCUGGGGGUAGACAUGAGCCAAGGGAUGAGAAUGUGAACUCCAGUGAUAGAGUGGAAAUGAUUCAGGGCCAAAAGAUGUGGGAGAAGAAUUUAGAACAUUCUUUCAUGUCCAACAUGCCCAGUGAGACAUUCAAGGCCAAGAAGCUGUGUGCUCUUAAAUCACGAUCUUGUGACAUCUUGACAACCAGCAAGUUGGAAAGCUCCCAAAUGACAAAUGUCAAUACAAAUAAAGUAGAAACUACUCUGACCACUCAAUUUCCCUCACCAAAAAUGUUUGUUCCUCAAGACUCUAAAGUAUCAGACCUGCACAAACAGCUUUUCAGUGAGUUAAAGUUUAAACUGGAGAGUGAGAAGCAUAGCCUGGCUCAACACUGUCCCACUGACAUGCCCCUGACUUCAGACAGCUUGCCUUCCAAGUCUUCACUGACUCAUGCCCAGGGUAUCUCCAGUGGGGACACAGCGGCUUCCCAGGUGCUGCAUGUCCACCUGGAGGACAGCGGGAUCAGCACAGAGCAGUGGCGGGAUCCCUCUAAGCACGUCUUAUGGAAGUGCCCAGAUAAGAGAGUGAGACCUCUGGGCUCCAAAGCAGGGGAAUACAGAAGUGAGGAUUCAGGAAAAGGGACAUCUAAAGCCAGAAAGAAGAGCCACCCUGUUGAGAACCAAGAAUUAAAGGACACUUCCCCAUCUCUGUCACAGAAUGAACAGCUUCCUCCUGAAAGUUACUUCAAAAAAAAGAUGAGGCAAUUUUUUCAGUGGAUUGAUUGUAAAAGAAAAAUCAAAGACCAGGAAAGUCCCCAGCAAAAAGCCAAAUUCAUGUCAACCUCUGUGCAGCAUCAAGACUCAGUUGAAAGUGCAGCUGUCUUUGUGAAUUAUGGGCCUCCUGAAGCUCAGGAGCUCAUGACAGCCAUUGGGAAGAUCCUAGAGGAGAAACUGGCACAUAGGUUCGAAUCUGAGACCUCGGAGUUAAGUCAGCACAAGAAGGAACUUCAGACCCAGGGAGAACCUGACCAGGCACAUCCUUUCAACUGUGGGGAUCUCUCUGACUCACAGCAAGAGGAAUGGGCAAGUACCAAGUCCUCUAACCAAGAAGAUGUUUCUGCUGACCAGAGUUGUCUUACAAGUGUCAGACAGAACAGAGACAGGAUCAGACAUCACCAGAAAGUUGUGGCCUUUGAAGACCAGGUAUUAUGCCAGACUCAACCCUCUUCCCUGUCGUCCAGGGAGCCUGUACUCCAUCCAAGCCCCACCUGCAUGCACGAAGAAUGCCAGGUCCCUUCGGCCACUCUCACCCCUGAUAAAGGCACUGUGUUCAGAGAUUUGAGUCUUCUAUUCAAACCGAAAUUGCUUCUCCAGCACUUCCAGGGAGAAAAAAUUUCCCCAUAGAACUCAUUCAGUCCUUGAAAAAACUUGCAGAUUUCAUGAUAACACAUCUUCUGAUGAGAACAAUUUUUCUUUAGUAUACAACCGAGAAUAUUGA